ACAGCGUCGUCCGCGACUUGGCCGCAAGCGAGCGCGCUCGGAAAAGUUUCUUCGGUCUCGUCUUCGCUUCUACCGUUUCUCCCCCGUGCUCUCAAAUCUCUAGCGGCCGCCGUUGCCGCCGCCGCCAUGGGCGACUACGGCAACGCGAUGAUGCGGGACCCAGACGCCGGUGUGCAAUCUCGAGCGAAGGCGCAUAACCGCUCCAACGCUCUCCAGCUCAAGCUCAUCGGGCAAAGCCACCCGACGGGGCUCACGUCAAACCUGCUGAAGUUGUUCGAGCCGCGGCCGCCGCUCGAGUACAAGCCGCCCGUCGAGAAGCGCAAAUUGCCAGCUUAUACCGGGAUGGCACAGUUUGUGCCGCAGUUCGCGGAGCCCGGGGACCCAGAAUACGCCCCUCCCGUCCUCAAGGGCGAGACUAGAGCUGAAAAGAAGGCCAGAAUCUGCCAGCUUAAGCUUGAUCAAGGUGCAGUCAAAGUUGCUGAAGAGCUUCAGAAGUAUGACCAGCAGAGUGACCCCAAUGCCACUGGAGAUCCAUACAAAACACUCUUUGUUGCAAGGCUUAGUUAUGAGACACCCGAGCAUAGGAUUAAAAGGGAGUUUGAAGCUUAUGGGACUAUUAAAGGGGUAUGGCUUGUGACUGACAAAGAAACAAAUAAACCCAGAGGAUACGCAUUCGUAGAGUUUGUGCACACUCGGGACAUGAAAAAUGCAUACGAGCAAGCUGAUGGGAGAAAAGUGGACAACAAGAGGGUUCUAGUUGAUGUGGAGCGCGGUAGAACUGUUCCGAAUUGGCGACCCAGGAGGCUAGGUGGUGGACUUGGAUCGAGCAGGAUUGGUGGUGAAGGUGCUGACCACAAGCGUGGUGCUAGGGAGCAACAGCUUGCUGGGCGCCCCAGAUCAGAGGAGCCUAGGAGGGAUGAUCGUCAUGCAGAUAGGGAUCAGGACAAAUCUCAUGAAAGAAGGCAGGGAAGGGAUCGGGAUGGUAGAACCCGUGAACGUUCGCAUGACUGGACUCGUGAUCGUGAAUCAAGAGAACAGAGGCACAACCAUAGAGAUCGUGAUAGGACACAGGACAAGGACCAAGAGAGGGACAGGGAAAGAGACCGUGGGCGUGACUGUCAUGAUAGAGAUAAGCACAGGGAUCAUGGUAGGGAGAGGGAACACGAGCGUUCUCAUGACCAACAUCGUGACAGGGGCAGGGACCGUGACAGAGAUUACAAGCGUGCAGGUCACCAACGUGACCGCGGUCACUUGCAUGAUAGUGAUGCUGAGUGUGGCACUGGUGACCCUAGGCAUGAAAGAAAUAUGGCUGAUUAUGGUCAGGAAUAUGGCUAUAACCACUAUGAGCAACACAAGGGUCAUGACACAUAUAGUUAUGGUCAAGAUGGACAUGGAUAUGAAACUGAGCGCUCAAAGCGACAUAAACAUGAAACUGAGCGCUCAAAGUGACAUGAACAUGAGUACUAUCCAUAAGACUCGUACAGCAAGAUGGCAGCCAACUAUCAAGCGCAACCUAACAACACAGAACAUGAAGCCCCUGAGGAAGGUGAGGCAUACGAGGAAGGUGCGUACCAGUUUCACCGAGAAGCAGAUGAGUACAGGAACUGAAGCUGCUCAGUGGAUGUCAGGUGUCAUUUUGGAGGCAGAAGAUGUCAACUUUUGCACUUGUGCUGCUGUUCUGCCUUUUGCGUCGUGUAUUCGGCUAGUUUGGUGUUAACUUGUUCAUCUCGGACCUGUUUUUUUUUUUAACUGUAACAACUCGAAUCAUAUAAUGUAAUAUUUGAAACCUGUGGAUUCACAA